UCCAGUAGCUCAAGAAGUUAUUCAGCGCCAAAAAAGGAAAAAAUGAAAUUCGCUUUGGGAACAACUUUUGCCAUUGUCUUGGCCCUUUUCGGACAAAGUCAGGCCUAUGCUGUUGUAAAUUCCUCUCCCAUUAACCCCUCAGCUGGUGCUGCUGCCAACUGGCACUAUACUCCAAAUGGUGGUGCUACCGUAACAUGGACUGCCAAUGCUGGUGCCGCUUCUGCCCCCAGAGUUGUAACUUACGAGCAGAGAAGAAGUCUUUUGGGUAAUCUUCCCCGCGCUGUUGUGCAGACCGCUGGUGGUGUUGUUGGUGGUGCCGCAGAUGUUGUCAAGGGCGUAGCUGGUGGUGUUCUGAAUGCUGCUGGUGGCCUUGCCGGUGGUGUUUUGCAGACCGCUGGUGGUGUUGUUGGUGGUGCCGCAAAUGUUGUCAAUGGCGUAGCUGGUGGUGUCCUAAAUACUGCUGGUGGUCUUGCCGGUGGUGUUUUGCAGACCGCCGGGGGUCUUGUCGAUGGAACUACCAAAUUGGCCAAGGGUGUCGUAGGUGGUGUUGGUAGUCUACUUGGAGGUGGCAACGCCAGAUAUAAUACUCACUAUUAUACUUAUUAAAAAAUGUUUUUAUAAGUAAUUUUAGCAAUGUGAAGGUCAUUAAA